AUGCUACCGGAAAAACCACGCGUGCCUUCAGAAACUCCGACUGAGAUUCCGGACUUUGAGUUCACUCCUACAAACUUUAGAGACUUUGACCUUGGGGAGUUCUCUCUUAGCACAGACCCAGAGACAACUCCGAAGCCUUUGAACAUCAAGAACAAGAUACCAAAGACAAGAACUAUACCUGCGUUCUCGAUCUUCGAAGACAAGACCAAAUGCAAGUCGCCUGUCCUUGCGAGUCCCAUGCUCACCUUGACAAGACCCAAUGCAAGGUCUGAGGUCAAGCUUACCCACAAGGCCACAAAGUCUAUGUCAAAAGUCCCUAUGCGUCCACCAACACGUCGCAACCCAUCAGAAUCCCCAUCACGCCCUACAACUGCCCCUCUUCAACCCGCAACACCGAACCUUCAUCUUCGAGGUAUUUCAAUCGAUAGUGAUGUUGAUGAUCGGUACGUCUGGAGAGAAGAUCAUACCGAGGCACCUUCUCCCACAAAAAAGCGCGGUAACUCUGCGCUUCAUACUGAGAUCCGAAGGUUGCAACGACUUUUGGAUGUAAAGACUGAGGAAGCUGCGCAAGCAAAGAAGGACUUGGAAUUGGCACAGAAUGUUGCCAACGCCGGUGCUCUGAGCCAUAUGUUGAGGGAGGCCCAAGAGGAAGUGAAAGUCUGGAAGAAUCGUGCAGAGUGGGCCGAGAAACAGCUGAGAACAAAAGGCAUUGUGGAGAGCAGAAGGGGCGUGGAGGGUCCUCGUGCUAUGGGUGUACCAAAGAACCCGCCCAUGAGAUACAGCUUGGGCUAA